AUUUCUCCUUAAUUUCCCUCUAAAUAUUUUUCCUCUCAUAUCUCUCUUCUCUCCAACUUGCCGGAAAAUCAAUAUUUUCCGGUGAAAAAUUUUCUCUACAUUUUUGUGUUUUCUUGUGUUUACAUAUUACACCCAAGUAUAAUUCUACCAUCUUUAUGUCUAUAUAAUUUGGAAUUUUCUUGAAUUUCUAGCAGAAAAAUCCAAUUUUCCCCUUUAAAUCAAAAAAAAAAAAAAAAAAUUCUCUCCAUUUAUUUGUGUUUUCUUGUGCUUAUGUAUCAUACCAAGUAUAAUUCUACCAUCUGUUUUUGUAUAUAAUUUGAAUUUUUCUUUGUAGUUUCAGCAAAAAAAAAAAAAAACAUUUUCCCCCUUUAAAUUCUCACAGGUUUUUAUAUUAUUUUGUUCAUUUCUAGUUAUUAGAAAUUCAAGAUUCUCUCUUGAGGUUUCAGUUACGUAGAAAGCAGGUGCUUUAGUGGUCUUACCCUUUUUGAUUUUUGAUGGCGGAUUCUGACAACGAGUCAGGAGGGCAUAACAACCCGAACGAAGGAUCAACAAGGGAACAAGACAGGUUCCUUCCGAUAGCGAAUGUAAGCAGAAUAAUGAAGAAAGCUUUACCAGCAAACGCCAAGAUUUCAAAGGAUGCAAAGGAAACAGUUCAAGAAUGCGUAUCGGAAUUCAUCAGUUUCAUUACGGGCGAGGCAUCGGAUAAGUGUCAGAGAGAGAAGAGGAAGACGAUUAACGGUGAUGAUUUGCUUUGGGCUAUGACGACUUUAGGGUUUGAAGAGUAUGUUGAGCCUUUGAAGGUUUAUUUAGCAAAGUAUAGGGAAAUGGAAGGGGAGAAGACUAGUAUGGGUGGGGGGAGGACUGGGGAGAAAGAUGGGGGUGGGGGUGGUGGGGAUGGGAGUGGGAUUAGUUCUGGGGGUGGUGGGUAUAAUGGUGGGGGUGGUGGUAGUGGGGGUAUGUAUGGUGGUGGUGGUAUGGGGGGUUCAAUGAUGUAUCAUCCUCAAGGUGGUGGUCAUCAGACGUAUGGUAGUCAUGGGUCAUAUCAUCAUAUGAGUAUGGGUGGUGGUGGUGGUGGUAGUGGAGGAGGAGGUGGUGGUGGUGGGUCCGGCCAAGGGCGGAGGUAGAAUAUGUAAACCUCAAAUUCUGAGUCCGCCACUAGUUAUGUGGCAAGUUAAGGUAAAAUAUAUAAGUAUCAAAUUCUGACUCCGCUUCUGGUUACGUGGCAAGCUAAGAAAGAUGGAAGAAAAAGAUGAAAAUUUGGAAAUUAAUUGAAUUAAUGAUAUGGUUACGUGACGGUGAUGGUAGUGGUGCCGCGGCGGCGGCGCAGGCCAAGGUAGGUGGUGGAAGGGGGAGAUGGUGAAAAGUUGGAAAAUUUAAUCAAAUUAAUCAUAUGAUGUAUCAUUGUGUUGAUAGCUACUAUUUUACUUUAGGUACUUUUUUUAUUUGUAAUUUUUGAAGCACAUUGACAUGUGGAGGUUUAGAAAAUGCUUUAGCUUUUUCUUACUUCUUUUUCUUUUGAAGUUGGAGUAUUAGUGGGUUACAUGUGUAGUACUUUGUGGAAAAGUUGAUGAUUUGUAAUGGAGAUAGAAAGAGAGAGCAUAAAGAAGUACUUAAUACAUGAUGUGACCUUCAAUGGAAGGUCACUUGAAAUAUAUGUAUUUAAUGGAACAAUGAAGGAGGUAGUAUUUUAUGUUUUCUUUUAA